CCGAGAGUCAGAACAUAGUGUUGUAGACAAGUGGAAUAUUUCUACAUUUCCUGGACUAUAAUUUUUUGUAUAGAGGUCAGAUAAAUAUGCUAAAGAGAUUUUUUUUUUAAUUUCUUUUUUUGACUCCAUACCAAAAGUUGCCAGCUAUUGCUAGUUUUCAAUUACACACUUCCAGUAUUACCAUGAUGAUAAAUUGGAAAAAUCUAAGUGGUCAAACAUGGUUUGAAAACAAAAUGACUUUGCACUUAAAUUCAAUUUCUACAAACUUGGAUUCCUUGCGGUGGGUGAGAUGAAUUGAAUGUUGUAAGGCCAUGGCAAGUGGAUUUUGUCUUUCAGUUUCUUGCUUUUAUGGACGCUUCAUUGAACGCUUUCUUCACUCUUCGCUAUUUCUGCGAAAAACAUUGAACGGUACAAGAAACCUUCAGCAAUCCUACUACCUCCACACUUCUAGAUUUGGAUGUGUACCUCAUGCAGCUCCUAUUUUCUGUAGGGCACCAGCAUUUGCUGAUAGGACGGCUUUGAUUGACCAACAUGGAUGGCACACAUAUAAGGAACUAUAUCUCAAAAGUUAUGUCUUGUCCAAAAAGAUCACUGAACUCCUUGUCUCCAAAGACCAGGAUGAGUACCCAAAAAGGAUCUCAUUCCUCUGUCCUAAUGACUCCUCCUAUGUGGUGUGCCAGUGGGCAGUGUGGAUGAGUGGGUCCAUUGCUGUACCAUUGUUUAAAAGUCACCCACAUUCUGAAUUGGAAUAUGUUAUACAAGACUCACAGAGCUCUCUGGUUGUCACAGAAGAUGGGUUCUUAGAUACAGUAGAACCCUUAGCAGGGAAACUGGGUAUCCCAAUGCUGACAGUAUCUGGGUCCAAAUACAGCCAUCUGGAGAAUGGAUUACUUGAGGUGGAUGAGUAUCACUUGAAGUUGAACUGGAAAGAUAGACCAGCCAUGAUAAUCUACACUAGUGGAACCACAGGAAGGCCUAAAGGUGUUCUUAGCACUCAUAACAACAUUCACGCCAUGGUGACUGCUUUACUGAAUGAAUGGGCCUGGACUAAGGAUGACUCUAUCUUGCAUGUGCUUCCCCUUCACCAUGUACAUGGGGUCGUUAAUAAGUUGCUGUGCCCUCUAUGGGUGGGUGCCACCUGCGUCAUGCUGCCUGAGUUUUGCCCACAGAAGGUUUGGGAAUACUUUCUCAGCAGAGGAAACCCUUCUAUUAACGUAUUCAUGGCAGUUCCUACCAUCUAUAGCAAACUGAUUGAUUAUUACGAGCUGCAUUUUACCAGCCCACAUGUACAAGACUUUGUGCGGGCAACAUGUCAAGCAAAUAUUAGGUUAAUGGUGUCUGGAUCCUCAGCUCUCCCUGUGCCUAUCCUGGAGCGUUGGCGAGAGAUCACUGGUCACACCCUGUUAGAGAGAUACGGAAUGACUGAGAUUGGAAUGGCUCUUACCAAUCCACUUAACGGAGCCAGAGUACCAGGAUCAGUAGGUAACCCCCUGCCAGCAGUAGAAGUGCGAAUUGCUACACAACAUGCAAAAAGAGAAGGCAGCUCCUUCACUGUUCAUGCUCAGGGAGAUAUGAGGGGCACCCAGAUCUUCCCUGGCAUGGAAAACAGAGAUGGAGAGCUACAGGUCCGUGGCCCAGCUGUAUUUAAAGAAUAUUGGAACAGGCAGCAAGAGACCCAGGAAGCUUUUGCCCCAGAUGGCUGGUUCAGAACAGGGGAUACUGCCAUUUAUAAGGACGGCACUUACUGGAUCCUUGGCCGAACUUCUGUGGACAUCAUUAAAAGCGGAGGAUACAAGAUCAGUGCUUUGGAGGUAGAGCGCCAUCUUCUGGGUCAUCCCAGCAUUACAGAUGUUGCAGUAAUCGGAGCUCCAGAUAUGACAUGGGGGCAGCGAGUGGCAGCUAUAGUUAAACUGCAGGAUGGACAUGUGCUGUCACUGAAAGAGCUGAAGGAAUGGGCCAGGACCGUCAUGGCCUCUUACUGCAUCCCUGCUGAGCUCAUCCUUGUGGAAGAGAUUCCCCGUAACCAGAUGGGAAAAAUCAAUAAAAAGCAGCUGCUCGUUCACUUCUAUCCUCAGUGAGAGGGGGAUGCAGGACUAUGGACUAAUGUAGCCAUGCCACACACACACACACAACACAUGUAAUUCUUAACCAAAAUUAAAUUAAAAUCAGGACCUAGGGGGUGCCAUUAAUGAGGCCAAUAUAGUUCCACAAUACAAUAUUAAAGGGACAUUAAACACUUAAAGAUGGUAAUAUAAAAUUAUAAAUUGUGUGUAUGUGUAUAUAUAUAUAUAUAUAUAUAUAUAUAUAUAUAUAUAUAUAUAUAUAUAUAUAAAAACUCUGCAAUAUACUUUCAUUGUUUAUUUUGUUCCCUUUCCUGUAAUUCCAUUCUGAAAUUGUGAGCUUUUCAGUUCCUGAUAGAAAUGGAAAUGCAGAAAACUGUUAUAUUCCUCACAGCCAUUGGCUGCACACUCUAGUAAUGUAUUUAUAACUGUUCCUAAUUGGCCACAGCAGAUAAGGUAACCUAAGUUACAACAUAGCAACUCCCAUUGUUUUAGAGACACUAAAACUUAAACACUUAUUUCUUUCUAAUGACACAGUGAGUCCACGGAUCAUCCUCAAUUACUGUUGGGAAUAUCACUCCUGGCCAGUUGGAGGAGGCAAAGAGCACCACAGCAAAACUGAUAAAUAUCACUUCCUGCUCACAAUCCCCCAGUCAUUCUCUUUGCCUCUAGUGCAAGGAGCAGGUGAAGUAAUUAGGUGUCCUGAUUUUGAUUCUUCUAUCAAGAUUUUUUUAUUUUGAAGUCUGGGCAAGAUUGCUCUGGCCUUCCAUCACAAUUUGGGUCUAGCUGUACUCCACGUUAGUCUCUUCAGUAGGGCUGUGGUGGCUUUAAAGCAGUUAGGAACUUAUAAAGUGUGCUUUGCUGCGUUUUCUUAACAUGUUGCUGCCCUGGUAUAGAAAGCCUGAGUAAGUUUACUUACAGGUCUCUGUGAGGAGUGGCAUCCUCUUAUACUUUGUGAGUCGUCUGGCUGCCGGACGAAUAGAAUACAGGUAAGUGCCUUUUAUCUUCUAAAAGAGGAGAUGGUAGAUUGUGCACUUUAUAUAUACUGCAACACUGUUUGGGACAUUUUAUACCCUUGUUGGGGUAUUAUUGGGCAGCGUGCAGGCACUCAUAUGUUUUUUUUUUAAGAGAGACAAACUGUUUCUCCUUCAAGGUUGAAGGGGUUAAUCUGUGUGUAGGGCUCUGUUUCCUUAAGCUGUUUAUUAAGAAGGAAUCAGGUGGGCGAUAUAGGCUUCUGUGACAAGUAUAUAUAUGCUUAUUGUUGUAGCAGACAUUAGACAUUUUCUAGUGAGGGGGAGGUUUUGUUUUUUUCUCUAUCAGCUGGGAGCGCACAUUUUAUCAAGCACUGCUUCUCCUCAGUCCGAUGUGUCUCUCCUUCAUGUAUAUUCCGCUCUUAGUUAGAGCUGUGCGGCGGUGUAGUCUGUCCUUUGAGAGGAGUAAGCUUAGUACUCUGUUUUUUCUAUUCCUGAGUCUUGUUGCCGCCGUUUCUAAAAGCGCCAUGUUUUACCUCAGGGAGGAAGCGGCCGCACCAUUUGUGUUGCGCUCAACUCUUAGCCAAGUGACUCCGCCUCCUUGCUCCGAGAUUGGAGCAGUGAGGUUUCUGCCCCAGUGUGAGGAUAACAUGAAUGCUAUGUAUUCUUAUUUAAAUCUUAUGUAAAUACUUAGCUUAAUACUUGUGAUUAAAGGAUAAUUCUUAUGUAGUUUGUAGAAUACUGGUUCCUAAGAGCUUAGUAUAUUAAUAAUUCAGAAAUAUGGCUUGUGUCUCUGGCCUUUUUUUUUUUUUUUAGACUGCGAUGGUAGAGCAGGCUGAGAAAUAAAGUCUUUAUGUAUGUUGUGGGUUUCAAUCCUUAAAGUGACAGUUUGGUGCAUUUUAGGAGAAGCCCUAAUCUAUACUCUAAGCUGUUUUCUUAUAUAGAUUCUGAACUACAUUAUAGAGUUUUUAUGAGAAUCUUAAAAGGAUCUUCCUUUUAAUCAACUCUAAACACUAUGUCUCCCAGGAUGAUACUAUGUAGGCAUUGCCACAGUUUUCUCCUUAACGUCCCAAGCCUUUAUGGUGUCACAUGCAGUGCCCUGCGGUUCCUCUUAAUCUCCGGGAGGAGUUAUUUGCUUGCAGAAUUGUCUGACCAGGUGGCUUUUGGCAUCUGUGGCUUUCUCUGCCUUUCCUUUAUUUAAGGGAAAUCGCAAGAGGUUCUUUAAGGAAUCAGUUAGUAAGGGUUCUGCUCUGUUUUCUGCUACGUUUUUGUCCUUCUUAUAGUUUUAUGAGCAGGAUAGUCGGUAGCAAACCUCCAAUUUGAACAGUGUAAUUCCUUCUUCUGGUACUGAAGUGGUUCUGUUCAGAUUCAAGCCUAAUCUCCCUUUUAUUUAGGAAGGGUUGACUACUUGGGAAACUUCGACUCUCCUGUCGUUGUCAAUCCUCAAGAAUCUAGUGAAUUUUAUAUUUACUAGGAUUCAUUUAGUUAAGAAAUGUCCUGUACUCGACCGUGCUAGGAGAAUUUCCUCAGGUAUGGGAGAGGUCAAGGAUUCCUUUUCCCCUUCUCCUGUCUGUAAUAACCUGUCUCCUUUAAAUAUCAUGGUGCUUAAGGUAAAGGGGUCAUUGAUAUUCUGGUUAAGAGAACUUAAAUCCUUAUUUAGGAUAGCCGUACGUUUACGACUCUUUUUAUAGACAAGUCUGGCAUCCUUUUGGUGCGACGUCUUGUCGGAUUCCAUUUUGGUGGACUCCAUGAGGAGAUCAAUGUCAGAAAGGCUGUUAGGCCAAUAAAUUCUUUCUGUUGCUGCUUUUUCGUUCCUUUGUAGUGCAGGAGUCUUACUCUUUAUCGUCCAAGCAGGAGCAGUCCAAGACCUCUGGAAUUCCCAGUUAGUCUUGGAUAAGGGGGGUCUGCUGUCCUAGCCCACCAGGCAUUACUGCUGUUCAGCUGAGAAGCCUACUUUGUGACUUAGUGGUAUAGUCUAGACCUUAUAGUUCUUCUGUGGCAGAUUCAAUUUUUAGGAUUCCUCCAAAUCCACACUUUUGGCGUUUAAUUGUCCUUGUUUGGACCUGGUCUUACAGUAUAUUAUCCUCUGUCUUGCAGGUGGAAAGUGUUUUGCUAUCACUUGUCAAGUGGGUAAGACUAAAGAAAUGUUUUCCUUUUUCAUCAGGGGUCAUGUCUUUUAGACCAGUCUCUGAUUUUUUUCCCGGAGGCAGAUUUCUCUUUCUAGACUAUCUGCAAUUCAGGUACGAUGAGAAUCUUUCCUGGAACAGGGUUCAGGACGUUCUUUUCUGGGAGUGAGAUUUCCAGCCCCUGUCUGGGAACGGGAUCUGGGUCUUUAUCUCAAGUAUCUCCGAUGCUGACCUUCAAAGUAAUAUCCAUUCUCCUUUAGUUCUGGGUCCGUUCAUGAGAACAUAGACUGGAGAGAUGUGUGUUUCUUGUUCCCAUGUUUUGGGAUAUUCGUUAGUUUAUGGGUUUAGCAGCCGAGAAAGACUUUUAGGUCCUGGGGUAGUACAAGGGUGUUCUUCUGGACUAUAAUAGGUUCAGGUGUUAUCCUUCCUUCAAACUAUCUCUUUUUCAAGAAAUUUAGUUCAAUCUACUUUCCCAUGCAUGAAAAAUGAACUUUGUUGAAGUCUUCCCGCAUUCCAUCUUCAUGGUUGGACUUUUUAGACAUUCUAACAGAGGUCAGAUGUAUAGGAUUUAUGCCUUUUUCUUCCUCUGCAGUCUAGGGUCCAGCCUACAGCAAGCUCUAGUUGUCUGGUAGAUGGCUUAGCCUUUUACAACCAGUAGGUUGGGAGUUAUGAUCUAUCUGUAGUUGCAUUUACUUCAUUUUUAAAUAAAUCAAUUUAGGAGGGAAUUGGUCUUAUGGUUUCCAUGGAUUUCAUUCCUUUUUCUAUUUUCCAUAAAAAGGAGAACCUUCGGAUCAGUCUCAAAGAAUAGAUAUAGAUCAGUCAUCAAAUCUCUCUUUAUAGUAGUGUUUUCUUAGGUAUAUCUAUCUCAGGGCACAUGCUUCUGGAGAUAUUCCUGGGUGAUGUAUCCACGGAUGCCAACCUGCUGGGCUAGUAUGCUGUCUUAUUAAAAUAAUGGAGUGUCUGCUCUUCUCUUUAACGUUUGCAGUAGAGAGCAAUUUUGAAUGCUCUGAUAGCUUGGCCUCUUGGCAUCAGUCAUUCUUAGCUUGGUUCCAGUCGGACUAUAUCACCUCUUUGUUUAUAUCAUUUAUCAGGGAGGAACUUGGGGUUCCUUAGCCAUAUUGAAGGUGACUUUGAUUGUUCAGUGGGCCGAAGCUCACAACUGAUGUCUGUCGUACAGGGGAGGACAAUUGGAUUUCUGAACAGACAGUUAUUUCUUCCCGGGAGUGGGUUCUCCUUCCGGAGGUGGUUUCUAGGUAAAUCUUCAAAUGGGGGGUCCGGAGUGGCCUCUGAGGGUGUUUUGGCAGAGCCCAAAGUUUCCAAGGUAAGGUUCACGGUCUAGUGAUCCACUGACCGCCUUGAUUGAUGUCCUGUGUUUUUUUCUUGGAUUUCAGUCUGGCAUACCUGUUUUUCCUCUGUUUGCUUCCCUCCACAAAUCAUUGCUCGUAUUGAACAGGUGAGAGCGGUGGGGAUUCUCAUAGCCUCUGCAUGACCCUGCAGGAUCUGGUGUGCCGAACUAUGGGUAACGUUGUAUCUUCUCUUUGGUGACUGUACCAGAGGAAGGCCUUCUGAGUCAGGGUCCCUUCCUUCAUCUUCAUCUAGUUUCUUUAAAUGCUGCCUACUUGAAGAUUGAACACUUGGUUUUUUGUAAGCAUGGGAUUCCGAGUCAGUCAUUGUGACCAUAGAAUAUGGCAUAUUUUUCUUAAAUGUUGUGUAUCCAAGGGUUCUCUUGGAGUGGAGUUGGGAUCAUAGAAAUCUGUCCGGUCUCUAGGAUGUCUGGGGACAGUCAGUACCCUGAGGGGUCAGAUUCUGCUUUGUCUAUUUGGCUACUUAUGCAUCUGGCGGCCGUGCCAGUUGUGCAAUCUUUUUAUCAGGCCUGGUCAAAAUCAGGCAUGUCCUUCAUGUUGGUUGCUCCCCCUUGGAGCAUUAACCUUGUUCUUAGGGUUUUGUUGUACAUUCUGUAGAUAUUAAGUGUUAUCUCGGAAGGCUAUCCUUUCUGCUCGGAGAGUCUCGGAACUCUCAGCUUGGCAGUGUUUUUCGCCUUAUCUUUCUUGCAGAUAAGGUGGUUCUUUGGAUUAAGUUAGGUUUUCCUCCUAACUUGUGUUGGAUGGGAAUGUUAUGAGGGAGAUUGUUGUUCCUUGUCUAUGUCCCAAUCCUUUUUACCAUAAGGUACAAUGGUGGCACAACUUGAAUGUUGUGCAUGUUCUUAAUUUCUUUCUACAGGCGACUAAGGAUUUCGCCAGUUUUCUGUUUGGAUGGUUGUUUCUCUGGGACAGCUACUUCUCUUUCCCUUUGGUUGGAAGUAUGAUUCGUUUGGUUAUGAGACUGCUGGACAGCAUCCUCUUGAGAGAAUUACAGCUCUUUUCUCUAGGGCUGUAUCUGCUUCUUGGGUUUUCAAGAAUGAAGCUUCUGUUAAUCAUAUUUGCAAGGCUGCAACUUGGUUCUCUCUGCUUACAUUUUUCUGAAUGUUUCAAAUUUGAUAGUUUUAUAGUUUGCCUUGGCUGAGGCUGCUUUUGGGAGAAAAGGUUCUUUAAGCAGUGGUGCCUUCUGUUUAGGUUACCUGUCUUUUCCCUCCCUUAUCAUCUGUGUCCUCUAGCUUGGGUAUUGAUUCCCAACAGUAACUGAUGAUGAUCCGUGGACUCACCGUGUCAUUAGAAAGAAAACUAAAUGUAUGCUUACCUGAUAAAUGUAUUUCUUUCUUGACACGGUGAGUCCAUGGCCCGCUAUAUAUAUUUCAGACAGUUUUUUUGUUGUUUAAACCUCAGGCACCUCUGCACCUUGUGUUGCUUCCUUUCUCUCCUUUCCUUUGGUCGAAUGACUGGGGGAUUGUGGGUAGGAAGUGCUCCUUGCCUCCUCCUGGUGGCCAGGAGUGAUAUUCCCAACAGUAAUUGAUGAUGAACCGUGGACUCACCAUGUCAAAAAAUAAAUACAUUUAUCAGGUAAGCAUAAAUUUAGUUUUUGUCAAUAUUUAAACAGCUAAUGAAACUUAAAAAAUACAAUUAAAUGUUAUUCUCAGACUAAUCUUUUAUUUGAAUGCAUCAUUCUGUCUAGUGUUCAAUGUCCUUUUCUCUUGUUAAGUGUAUCCAGUCCACGGAUCAUCCAUUACUUGUGGGAUAUUCUCCUUCCCAACAGGAAGUUGCAAGAGGAUCACCCACAGCAGAGCUGCUAUAUAGCUCCUCCCCUCACUGCCAUAUCCAGUCAUUCUCUUGCAACUCUCAACUAAGAUGGAGGUCGUAAGAGGACUGUGGUGUUUUAUACUUAGUUUAUUUCUUCAAUCAAAAGUUUGUUAUUUUUAAAUGGUACAGGAGUGUACUGUUUAUCUCAGGCAGUAUUUAGAAGAAGAAUCUGCCUGUGUUUUCUAUGAUCUUAGCAGAAGUAACUAAGAUCCUUUGCUGUUCUCACAUAUUCUGAGGAGUGAGGUAACUUCAGAGGGGGAAUAGCGUGCAGGUUUUCCUGUAAUAAGGUAUGUGCAGUUAAAAUAUUUUUCUAGGGAUGGAAUUUGCUAGAAAAUUCUGCUGAUACCGAAGUAAUGUAAGUAAAGCCUUAAAUGCAGUGAUAGUGACUGGUAUCAGGCUUAUUAAUAGAGAUACAUACGCUUAUAAAAGUGUAUUUUAAAACGUUUGCUGGCAUGUUUAAUCGUUUUUUACAUAUGUUUGGUGAUAAAACUUAUUGGGGCCUAGUUUUUUCCACAUGGCUGGCUUGAAUUUUGCCUAGAAACAGUUCCCUGAGGCUUCCCACUGUUGUAAUAUGAGUGGGAGGGGCCUAUUUUGGCGUUUUUUUGCACAGCAAAAAUUACAGACACAGACAUCCAGCUUCUUCCUGCAUGAUCCAGGACUUCUCUGAACGGCUCAAAAGGCUUCAAAAGUCGUAUUGAGGGAGGUAAAAAGCCACAGUAGAGCUGUGGCAGUUGUUGUGACUGUUUAAAAAACUUUUUUGUCAUUUGUUAUUCCGUUUUUGGUAUUAAGGGGUUAAUCAUCCAUUUGCAAGUGGGUGCAAUGCUCUGCUAACUUAUUACAUACACUGUAAAAAUUUCGUUAGUGUAACUGCAUGUUUUCACUGUUAUUAGAAAAUUUGGGGAAAUUUGUGUUUCUUAAAGGCGCAGUAACGUUUUUUAUAUUGCUUGUAAACUUGUUUUAAAGUGUUUUCCAAGCUUGCUAGUCUCAUUGCUAGUCUGUUUAAACAUGUCUGACACAGAGGAACCUACUUGUUCAUUAUGUUUGAAAGCCAUGGUGGAGCCCCAUAGGAGAAUGUGUACUAAAUGUAUUGAUUUCACCUUAAACAGUAAAGAUCAGUCUUUAUCUAUAAAAGAAUUAUCACCAGAGGGUUCUGUCGAGGGGGAAGUUAUGCCGACUAACUCUCCCCACGUGUCAGACCCUUCGCCUCCCGCUCAGGGGACGCACGCUAAUAUGGCGCCAAUUACAUCAGGGACGCCCAUAGCGAUUACCUUGCAGGACAUGGCUGCAAUCAUGAAUAAUACCCUGUCAGAGGUAUUAUCUAGAUUGCCUGAAUUAAGAGGCAAGCGCAAUAGCUCUGGCGUUAGGAGAGAUACAGAGCGUGCAAAUGCUGUUAGAGCCAUGUCUGAUACUGCGUCACAGUAUGCAGAACAUGAGGACGGAGAGCUUCAGUCUGUGGGUGACAUCUCUGACUCAGGGAAACCUGAUUCAGAGAUUUCUAAUUUUAAAUUUAAGCUUGAGAACCUCCGUGUAUUGCUUGGGGAGGUAUUAGCUGCUCUGAAUGACUGUAACACAGUUGCAAUUCCAGAGAAAUUGUGUAGGCUGGAUAGAUACUAUGCGGUGCCGGUGUGUACUGACGUUUUUCCUAUACCUAAAAGGCUUACAGAAAUUAUUAGCAAGGAGUGGGAUAGACCCGGUGUGCCCUUUUCCCCACCUCCUAUAUUUAGAAAAAUGUUUCCAAUAGACGCCACUACACGGGACUUAUGGCAGACGGUCCCUAAGGUGGAGGGAGCAGUUUCUACUUUAGCAAAGCGUACCACUAUCCCGGUUGAGGACAGUUGUGCUUUUUCAGAUCCAAUGGAUAAAAAAUUGGAGGGUUACCUUAAGAAAAUGUUUAUUCAACAAGGUUUUAUUUUACAGCCCCUUGCAUGAAUUGCGCCUGUCACUGCUGCGGCGGCAUUCUGGUUUGAGGCCCUGGAAGAGGCCAUCCAGACAGCUCCAUUGAAUGAAAUUAUUGACAAGCUUAGAACGCUUAAGCUAGCUAACUCAUUUGUUUCUGAUGCCAUUGUUCAUUUGACUAAACUAACUGCUAAGAAUUCCGGAUUCGCCAUCCAGGCGCGUAGGGCGCUAUGGCUUAAAUCCUGGUCAACUGACGUGACUUCAAAGUCUAAAUUACUCAACAUUCCUUUCAAGGGGCAGACCUUAUUCGGGCCUGGCUUGAAGGAAAUUAUUGCUGACAUUACUGGAGGCAAGGGUCAUACCCUUCCUCAGGACAGGGCCAAAUCAAAGGCCAAAAAGUCUAAUUUUCGUGCCUUUCGAAAUUUCAAGGCAGGGGCAGCAUCAACUUCCUCCGCUUCAAAACAAGAGGGAACUGUUGCUCAUUCCAGACAGGCCUGGAAACCUAACCAGUCCUGGAACAAGGGCAAGCAGGCCAGAAAGGCUGCUGCUGCCCCCAAGACAGCAUGAAGGAACGGCCCCCUAUCCGGAAACGGAUCUAGUGGGGGGCAGACUUUCUCUCUUCGCCCAGGCGUGGGCAAGAGAUGUUCAGGAUCCCUGGGCGUUGGAGAUCAUAUCUCAGGGAUAUCUUCUGGACUUCAAAGCUUCUCCUCCACAAGGGAGAUUUCAUCUUUCAAGGUUAUCAGCAAACCAGAUAAAGAAAGAGGCAUUCCUAAGCUGUGUGCAAGACCUCCUAGUAAUGGGAGUGAUCCAUCCAGUUCCGCGGACGGAACAAGGACAGGGAUUUUAUUCAAAUCUGUUUGUGGUUCCCAAGAAAGAGGGAACCUUCAGACCAAUCUUGGAUCUAAAGAUCUUAAACAAAUUCCUCAGAGUUUCAUCAUUCAAAAUGGAAACUAUUCGGACCAUCCUACCCAUGAUCCAAGAGUGUCAGUACAUGACCACAGUGGACUUAAAGGAUGCCUACCUUCACAUACCGAUUCACAAAGAUCAUCAUCGGUUCCUAAGGUUUGCCUUUCUAGACCGGCAUUACCAAUUUGUAGCUCUUCCCUUCGGGUUGGCCACUGCCCCGAGAAUUUUUACAAAGGUUCUGGGCUCACUUCUGGCGGUUCUAAGACCGCGAGGCAUAGCGGUGGCUCCGUAUCUAGACGACAUCCUGAUACAGGCGUCAAGCUUUCAAAUUGCCAAGUCUCAUACAGAGAUAGUUCUGGCAUUUCUGAGGUUGCAUGGGUGGAAAGUGAACGUGGAAAAUCUCUAUCACCACUCACAAGAGUCUCCUUCCUAGGGGCUCUUAUAGAUUCCACCGUUUCCUCUGCUCCCUCGACUGAUUGCCAAAAUCAAACAGGAGAGAGCAUCGGUGAUUCUGAUAGCGCCUGCGUGGCCACGCAGGACCUGGUAUGCAGACCUAGUGGACAUGUCAUCUCUUCCACCAUGGAUUCUGCCUCUGAGGCAGGACCUUCUAAUACAAGGUCCUUUCAAUCAUCCAAAUCUAAUUUCUCUGAGACUGACUGCAUGGAGAUUGAACGCUUGAUUCUUUCAAGGCGUGGCUUCUCAGAGUCAGUCAUUGAUACCUUAAUACAGGCUUGGAAGCCUGUCACCAGGAAAAUCUACCAUAAAAUAUGGUGUAAAUAUCUUUAUUGGUGUGAAUCCAAGAGUUACUCAUGGAGUAAGGUUAGGAUUCCUAGGAUAUUGUCCUUUCUCCAAGAGGGUUUGGACAAAGGCUUAUCAGCUAGUUCUUUAAAAGGACAGAUCUCUGCUCUGUCUAUUCUUUUGCACAAGCGUCUGGCAGAAGUUCCAGACGUCCAGGCAUUUUGUCAGGCUUUGGUUAGGAUUAAGCCUGUGUUUAAAACUGUUGCUCCCCCGUGGAGCUUAAACUUGGUUCUUAAAGUUCUUCAGGGAGUUCCGUUUGAACCCCUUCAUUCCAUUGAUAUUAAACUUUUAUCUUGGAAAGUUCUGUUUUUGAUGGCUAUUUCCUCGGCUCGAAGAGUCUCUGAGUUAUCUGCCUUACAUUGUGAUUCUCCUUAUCUGAUUUUUCAUUCAGACAAGGUAGUUCUGCGUACCAAACCUGGGUUUUUACCUAAGGUGGUUUCUAACAGGAAUAUCAAUCAAGAGAUUGUUGUUCCAUCAUUGUGUCCUAAUCCUUCUUCAAAGAAGGAACGUCUUUUGCAUAAUCUGGACGUAGUCCGUGCCUUGAAGUUUUACUUACAGGUUACUAAAGAUUUUCGUCAAACAUCUGCCCUGUUUGUCGUUUACUCUGGACAGAGGAGAGGUCAAAAAGCUUCGACAACCUCUCUCUCCUUUUGGCUUCGGAGCAUAAUACGCUUAGCCUAUGAGACUGCUGGACAGCAGCCCCCUGAAAGGAUUACAGCUCAUUCUACUAGAGCUGUGGCUUCCACCUGGGCCUUUAAAAAUGAGGCCUCUGUUGAACAGAUUUGCAAGGCUGCGACUUGGUCUUCGCUUCACACCUUUUCAAAAUUUUACAAAUUUGACACUUUUGCUUCUUCAGAGGCUGUUUUUGGGAGAAAGGUUCUACAGGCAGUGGUUCCUUCCGUUUAAGUUCCUGCCUUGUCCCUCCCAUCAUCCGUGUACUUUAGCUUUGGUAUUGGUAUCCCACAAGUAAUGGAUGAUCCAUGGACUGGAUACACUUAACAAGAGAAAACAUAAUUUAUGCUUACCUGAUAAAUUUAUUUCUCUUGUGGUGUAUCCAGUCCACGGCCCGCCCUGUCCUUUUAAGGCAGGUCUAAAUUUUAAUUAAAACUCCAGUCACCACUGCACCCUAUGGUUUCUCCUUUUUCGUCUUGUUUCGGUCAAUGACUGGAUAUGGCAGUGAGGGGAGGAGCUAUAUAGCAGCUCUGCUGUGGGUGAUCCUCUUGCAACUUCCUGUUGGGAAGGAGAAUAUCCCACAAGUAAUGGAUGAUCCGUGGACUGGAUAGACCACAAGAGAAAUAAAUUUAUCAGGUAAGCAUAAAUUAUGUUUUUAAAGUUCAAUGUUUCUCACAUACAGUCCAGAGCAAAAAUUCCAUUGUGCAAAAAUUCAUAUAAAAAUCCUGACGCUCCAAAGAACCGCUCUUCUGCAAUCACAAAAUCAUAUAUAGGAAAUAAACAUAGAGAGAAGGCGACUCCUUGUGUAUAUCUAUAACAUUCAUAUACAGUAUAAUCUUCUCACAUCAAACACCAAGUACUCACAAGUAAAGCAGCCCUCUAUACAGACAUCCUAUCACCACCGAGAGCUCAGCCUCAAGACUUUGUGUGCUCGAAUAAAGUCCUGUGUAUCAAUCCCUUUAUGUGUGUUAUUUAUUAAAAGGUGUCUGUUAAAAUACAGCGUCUUACACAUUUUAUCAUCUACAAACUGUCAUAUUUCUAUUUUAUCAUAAAAUUCAUGUGAAUGAAUAAUUUUAUUUUUAUCAGUGCCAACUUUUAUGAAAAACUUUAUAUUUUCAGCCUCCAGCACUGUAGAACUGUUGUAGACCAAAUUUCACUCAAUUAAAUUAAUAGAUUUACACAUUCUCUGCUGUAAACAAUAAACUGUCUGAAAACCA